AUGUCUGAGAAGAAGAAGAAGGACCCCGUCUUGGCACUCAUGCCCAAAUAUGCCCGCGGCGACGCCAACAAGGCUGUCGAGGGUGUCAACAAACUCAAGGACAAGAAACUAAAGGGCACGAUCAAGCGGCGGGAAAAGACAUACAAGGAAGCAGCAUACAAGGCCGCAUCCACCGAGAUCCUUCUCACUGAGGAAGCCGGAUUUCUGGAACCCGAGGGGAUCGAAAAGACAUACCAGCUCUCUCAGAGGAGUCUUGCAAAGGAGGUCGAUAUUUCUACUUCGCACAAAAUGUUUAACCUUGACCUCAAGUUUGGACCCUAUGCGAUCGAUUAUACCCGCAACGGACGACAUUUGUUGAUCGGUGGACGCAAGGGUCAUGUUGCGGCCUUUGAUUGGCAGGCGGGACGGUUGGGUUGUGAGAUGCAGCUCCGGGAGACCGUUCGUGAUGUCACCUGGUUGCAUAACGAGACGAUGUUUGCGGUUGCGCAAAAGAAAUACGUGUACAUCUACGACAAGCAGGGAACCGAGAUUCAUUGCUUACGGAACCAUAUUGAGGUCAACAAGCUGGACUUUUUGCCAUACCACUUCUUGCUUACCUCCAUCGGAAACUCAGGAUUUUUGAAGUACCAGGAUACAUCAACAGGAAACGUGGUUGCAGAACACCGCACAAAGCUCGGAAAGUGCGAUGUGAUGACCCAGAACCCCGCGACAGCCAUCAUGCAUUUGGGACACGGCAACGGAACAGUGACCCUCUGGUCUCCCAACAUGUCAACCCCUCUAGUCAAGAUGCAGUGUCAUCGUGGCCCCGUCACGGCGAUGGCAAUAGGCCAUUCGGGAACCUAUAUGGCGACUGCGGGAUUGGACGGACAGCUCAAGCUCUGGGAUCUCCGGAGUUAUAAGCCCAUGCAGGAAUAUUUCACGCCUACACCGGCUUCGUCGCUUUCCAUUUCGCAGCGUGGACUGUUGGCUGUUGGAUUUGGGCCUCAUGUCAGUAUCUGGAAGGAUCCCUUCAAGACCAAGCAGACUUCGCCUUACAUGAACCAUCUCCAAGCCGGGUCAGCGGUGGAUGAUGUCGAGUUUGUGCCCUUUGAGGAUGUGUUGGGUUUCGGACACCGUGGGGGAAUCUCGAGCAUUAUUGUGCCCGGUGCUGGAGAGGCCAACUUUGAUGCGCUCGAGGCCAACCCGUUCCAGACAAAGAAGCAGAGACAGGAGAUGGAGGUCCAUUCGCUGUUGGAAAAGAUCCAGCCAGAGAUGAUUACCCUCGACGUCAACCAUGUUGGUCAGAUGGACAAGGCCCCUAUUCAGGUCCUCAACAAGGAGAAGAAGGAGGCCUGGGCUGCUGCUCACCCGGACGAGUCGACAGAACUCAAGUACCGUGCCCGUGGCAAGAACUCGUCCUCCCGUCGUCACCUCCGAAAGAAGGCCAAGAACAUUGUCGACCAAAAGAAGGUCGAUCUUUUGGAGAGGAUCGAAAAGGACAAGAAGGAACGCGCCAAGAAGAGAGCAGGCAACCCAGACGAACCUGUCACUGCCCUGGAUCGCUUCACCGGCAAGAGGAGGAAAAUGGACUAA